UCAUUCUAGUGUGCCCAUCGACUUCGAUGUGAGAGACGGGGCCAAGUUUACACGAGGCAACAAGGACAUGGUACCAGUCUAUCUCAGCACGCGACAAAUCCCGAUCGGAAGUAUCUGUUGAUUGGUUGAGUCAAAUAGCCCGUGUUGUGACGUCACAAAUUUACGUCAUCCGCACUGCUGUUUCAAAUUCAUUCGUAGACGCUACUGCAGUUGGUUGAACGAACAGAUCACAAUGUGCCCUUCCACUUCGAUAUGAGAGACGGGGCCAAGUUUACACGAGGCAACAAAGGACAUGGUACCAGUCUAUCUCAGCACGCGACAAAUCCCGAUCGGAAGUAUCUAUUGAUUGGUUGAGUCAAAUAGCCCGUGUUGUGACGUCACAAGUUUACGUCAUCCGCACUGCUGUUUCAAAUAUUCAUUCGUGACACUACUGCAGUUGGUUGAGCGAACAGAUCACAAGAUGAAGCUGUUGGUGCUUUGCGUGUUGGCGAUGAUGGUGACGGUGGCGAUGUCUCGCCGAUGGAACUUUGUUGCCCACAGACAUGUUUCCAGGCAAUAUCGUUCCGCAAAGGAUCGAACCUCGACGAACCGGUCCGCCAUGAAGACAGGCAUCAUUACUGGUUUCAACAGACAACUGGAUGGGUGGCUGGUUCAACAUGGCCAAACAGUCAGCGACAAAGAGAGGAAGAUUCUACGCUUUGUAAAUAUACGUUACAUGCAGACACACUGGCCAAGCUUUCUCAAAUUUGCGCGAGAGAGGAUGAAGAAACUGGCCAACAGUCCAACAGAACAUGACUACUUAAGCAUUGGGGCUGAGAUUGGGAGGCGAGUGCCUCUGCGAUUUUCAUAUGGCUUUUUGAUAAGGAAAGGCCUUCUUCCCCGGUGGGCAGACUAUAUGCAAGAUCUCCUUGACACGCCACCUGGUGACAUAAAAUGCAAGUCAUAGCUGUCAUACUGUUGGAGUUGGGGAUCUGGGUUGAACAGUAAAGGGAGCAAACAUCGUUCAAGUAACCACUGCAGCCAACUACAUAGCCAUAAAUAUCAAACCCCAACCUGGGGUCUCUCAUUUUGUGCAAAGAGUGGAUUUACAUAGACGAAACUGUAAGCUAUCAUAAAGUCUGAAAUAAAUACAUCUGCUAA